AUGAGAAGAAGGCAAGGAGAAGAAGGCAAGCAGAAGAAGGCAAGGAGAAGAAGGCAAGGAGAAGAAGGCAAGGAGAAGAAGACAAGGAGAAGAAGGCAAGGAGAAGAGGGCAAGCAGAAGAAGGCAAGCAGAAGAAGGCAAGAAGAAGAAGCAAUGUUCCGCCGCAUGAAGAAGUUUUUCUCCCGGUGUUUGGGAGGGGAGAAAGACGAGGGUCUGCGACUGGAGAACAACUUGGUCGCUGUUCGGGGUACUGUAAAGGAGCGUCAGUUCACUUUGGACGCCUUUUUUGAGGAGAUUCUGCAGAAGCGGCUGCAGGAAGAGAAAGAAGCCCCUUCUGUUUCGGAGCGUCAGUUCACUUUGGACGUCUUUUUUGAGGGGAUUCUGCAGAAGCGGCUGCAGGAAGAGAAGGAAGUCCGUCCGGCUCCGGAGCGUCAGUUCACCCUGGACUCGUUUUUUGAGGAGAUACUGCAGAAGCGGCUGCAGGAAGAGAAAGAAGUCCUUUCUGUUUCGGAGCGUCAGUUCACUUUGGACGUCUUUUUUGAGGAGAUUCUGCAGAAGCGGCUGCAGGAAGAGAUAGAAGUCCGUCCUGCUCCGGAGCGUCAGUUCUCACUGGACGCCUUUUUCGUGGAGUUGCUGCAGAGACGGCUGCAGGAGGAGGAUUAA